AUGCGCCCACUACUUGCGCGCCUCAUCACACCCGCCCUCGUGGCCCACACAUCCCUCGCCGCGUUCUACUACCCGACGCCCCAGGCCGCGUUCCUCGAGCACAUCCUCGUCGACAACUGGGGCGCCCACGCCUCCAACUUCUCGUCGGCCAUCACGCCGUGCAGCAACUACGUGACCGAGGUCGGGGAGCCGGCGGCCAACAGCGGGCGCACGACGGCGGCGCAGUGGAUGCGCGUCGCCUUCCACGACUUUGUCACCGCGGACGUCGGGGCCGGGACGGGAGGCGUCGACGCGAGCAUCGGGUUCGAGACGGAGAGGGGGGAGAACUCGGGCAGUGCGUUUAAUGACAGCUUCACGUUCUGGGCGCCGUUUGUGAACGAUGCUGUGUCUAUGGCCGAUCUGGUAGGAUUAGGAACCGUCAUGUCUAUGAGGUUGUGUGGUGGGCAGCGAGUCCCCUACCGGCCGGGGAGAAUCGAUGCGCUGCAGGCGGACCCGACUGUUGGUGUGCCGGCGCCCGAGACCGACCUUGAAGAGACGCUGGUCUUUUUCGAGAGAGCUGGGUUCAACCAGGUCGACUCCAUCGGGCUGACCGCGUGUGGCCAUACCAUGGGGUCCGUUCAUCAUGGCGGGUUCCCUGAUGUGGUCCCGGAGUCUGCAGUCACCCCGAACAACACAAAUAGCGGGUCAAACUUCGACACCAGCCGUGCGGAAUUCGACACAAACGUCGUUCACGAGUACAUCGACUGGACAGGCAACAGGGGCGGGCCGCUCGUCACAACCGACAACAUCACGACCCGCUCAGACCUCCGGCUGUACGAGAGCGACGGGAAUGCCACCAUGCAGGAGCUGUAUGACAUGGGCGAUGGCUUCCUCAGCACCUGCGUCGACCUCAUGGGCCGGAUGAUCAACACCGUGCCGGCGGGUGUUGACCUGGGAGCGCCCAUCUCUCCCAUGGAAGUAAAGCCGAUCAACGUGACGUUUGACCUUGACGUGCAAGGCAGCGUGGAGCUGUCUGGGAAGAUCCGCGCCCUCGACACCGCGUUGCCUAUCAAGGCCUCGCUGGUCGCAAGUGACGGCAGCUCCGAGCCCGUCAUUCUGAAGCCUGAGAACGAGGAGGGGAGCUCUGUGUACGGACAGACCAGGUACUAUUCCUUCUCCGUCCCGGUGCAUCAGGACACCUCAUAUACAACUCUCGAGAUCAGCCGCGAUGGGGCCGCCCCGGCGCCUUUCCCGCUGCAGAACGACGUCUUCGUGGUGCCGAGCAUGACGGCCGUGGAAGGGAACAAGGUAGGCUUCGCCGUGGCCGUCAGGGCGACGGACUACUCCCCUGUGGACAUCAACGUUUCCGCCCCCGCGAGGCAGCAAGGGACACUGGCGCCGAAGGUCACGAGUCACGACGCCGGCGCGAGACCGGGCGCGGUUGUCCCGGGGUACCGGCUCUGGGAGGGCUCGGUCGACCUGGGUGACGCGUCGGUCACGGGCGCGGUGUCCGUGAGCGUCGCGGCCGAGGUCGAGGGCGGCGUGGUGCGCGAUGUUCUGUACCUGAGCGCCGGGGUCGCGGGGUGGUGA